CUCGAGCCAAUCACACGCUUCAACCGUUGCUCCCCAAGAUGGCGGCUUCCAGUGAGCCGCUUUGCUCAUCCUCCCAGCAGAACGAUAGAUAUCGCCUUAUCUCCGGAUCAUUUGAACUCUCCCCGAGGCUGCCCACAGAGAGCUGAGCGGAGUUGCGCUGUGAAACACGGAAGCCGUCCCUUCCCCUUUGCCCUAUUGCGCUUUCAUGGUACGCGGAGCCGGGCUCGGUGUUGGGCUGAAGGGGGUUGUGCUAUCCAAGUAUGGCCACCGACAACAGGAUCAAUUUCUGGAGGAGAAACACUAAGGUUCCCGGAAGCGUGCAACCAGUUUAUGGAGCACAGCAUCCACCUCUCGAUCCCCGUUUGCGACGCACGUACCCAAAAGACGCAAAGCCCAAAUUCAACAACCUUAAGUCUAAAAAAGCUUGCAGCUUCCACGAGUUUGCUUGCAGCACAAACGAUGCUUGGGACAUUGACGAUGAGGAGGAUGAAAACUUCUGCGGGACACCUUUGUCGGCUUCCUUUACGCCUUCAGGCCAGGACUUGACGUCUGUGCACAACCAGCAACUGCGGCAUCAGACGGGUGAAACGGAGCAUGUGUUGCCCCACAUACUGACUCCACCCAGGGACGAGGGUCACAACUCCCAAAGGGAUGACGGCUCAGAGUGUGAGCGUGUCAACGGCAAAUUUGUGAAGUCUAGUAGUGACGCAGAUCUCAACACGACCUCAGUCCACUCCUCACUGCAGAAGCAGCAGUCUCUCCCAGUGCGUCCCAUCAUCCCUCUGGUGGCUCGUAUCUCUGAUCAGAACGCAUCAGGGGCUCCACCCAUGACUGUGAGGGAGAAAAGCCGGCUGGAUAAAUUCAAGCAGCUGCUGGCCAGUCCCAAYACUGACCUAGAAGAACUGCGGAAGCACAGCUGGUCGGGAAUACCAAGAGAAGUCCGGCCAAUCACGUGGAGGCUUCUCUCUGGUUACCUGCCGGCCAACAAGGAGCGCAGAGAGCUGGUCCUGAAGAGAAAGAGAGAGGAGUAUUUUGGCUUCAUAGAGCAAUACUAUCACUCCAGAACAGAUGAGCACUAUAAAGACACAUACAGACAGAUCCACAUUGACAUUCCCAGAACCAAUCCGCUCAUCCCUUUGUUCCAGCAGCCUGCAGUCCAAGAGGUAUUUGAGCGGAUUCUGUUUAUCUGGGCCAUCCGUCAUCCAGCCAGCGGUUACGUCCAAGGCAUCAACGACCUGGUCACACCUUUUUUUGUCGUCUUCUUGUCCGAGUUUGUCAGUAAAAAAGCUGAACAUUUUUUGCUUUGGAAAACACGGCUGAGUAAAAUUGUUGUAAUUAUCGGCANUCUGUGUUCCUGUCAAAUAACACGGCCCACCUUCCAGGACAACUACACCUUCGCCCAGCCUGGAAUCCAGAACAAGGUGAAGGCGCUGGAGGAGCUGGUCAGCCGGAUAGAUGUGGAUAUUCACAAUCAUUUCAAGAAAUACGAGGUGGAGUACCUGCAGUUUGCGUUUCGAUGGAUGAACAACCUGCUGAUGAGGGAGCUGCCACUUCGUUGUACCAUUCGUCUGUGGGACACCUACCAGGCUGAAGCUGAAGGUUUCUCCCACUUCCACCUGUAUGUGUGUGCUGCAUUUCUCAUCGAGUGGCGCAAAGAAAUCCUCUGCAUGGUUGACUUUCAGGUAUUGAUAGGGGUCUUUGAUUUUAUUUAACGAUGGUGCAAAAAA